UUCACAGGAGCAAAUAAAUAUGAAAGAAAAUGUGGGCUGUUGCUGUGGAGUACUGCAAACAUGUUGCCAUCGCCCUGACCCUAAAAAAGACAUUAUCAAGGGAAUUUUUGAGAUUAAUCACAGCCCUUGGUUCUCUCUCUGUGCCGCUGGACGAUCAGUUGCUAUUCGGAUUUACAGCAGCCAUAAAGUGGAUCAAAGCACUGGGAAAGGGUCAGAAAGUGACAACGCAUACCUAAUCCAGGGGAAAGUGUUAGAAAGAGAAAAGCUUCCAAUCAUGGAGGGGAAGAUGAAGCUGCCAACGAGAAUAAUCAAAUUUGAAUUGAAGUUCGAGGUGGAGCGAGGGUUCGGGACUCCGGGGGCUUUUGUUAUAGAAAACAGAGACAAGCAUGAGUUCUUCCUCAAAUCCGCCACUCUUAAGUACAGUAUUCCUGAUAUUGACAAGCGUGAGUUCCGUUUUUACUGUGGUUCCUGGGUGUACCCCCUCCAAAAGACCGGAGUUAGGCGGUUUUUCUUCACAAACCAAUUAUAUCUUCCAAGCAAAACACCUUCCGGCUUAAAAGAAUUGAGACAGAAAGAGCUUAAGAAACUGAGAGGAGGGUCCAAAGAUGAGAGGAAACCAUGGGAUCGAGUAUAUGAAUAUGAUUACUAUAAUGAUCUUGGGGAUCCUGACAAUGGACGAAAGUAUGCUCGGCCGGUUUUGGGAGGUUCUGACCAUCCAUAUCCACGCAGGUUAAAAACAGGCCGCCCCCCUUGCAAGAAUGACCUUUCAGCCGAGUCUCGGCCAGCAAGCUGCUUUCAAAUUUAUGUUCCACCUGAUGAGCGAUUGAGCCAAGAGAAACAAGAAGAACUCACAAAUAACUUCGUUGAUGCUCUUCAGCGAUUUCUUAGCCCAAAGACAGAUCACCCAAACCGGUGGUAUCAAGGAAGUCCCGACCUUAUUAAGAAAAUUGUACAUUUCUUUGUUCCCAGGGAUGCAUUUUCAACUGGAGAUUUUAGGAUUCUUCAAUCUAUCGUAGACUUCUUUAGAAGAAAACCCAAAUCAUCAUCCCAUCAAGAUACCGACAGUUUAGAACCAUUUGAUGUCAUAUUAGACAUUUUCUCAGAGAAAGAAGUAAAAGAAAUAGAUGGUUGGGUCAAGCAGAAGCUGGAAAAGUUGGUACCAAAGGAAAUUUUUAAUGAAGUUGUUGCUACUUCAACCAAAAGAAACCUUUUGAACUCGCAAUUACCUUCAAUUAUAGCAGAGGACAAAUUCGCAUGGGUUAAAGGAAAAGAGUUUGGACGCCAAAUGCUUGCAGGAACCAAUCCAGUUCGAAUCCGGCGCCUUCUCUCUUCCCCCAAAGACAAGGAAUUAUCACCUGAUCUAAGCGGAACAAAUCGGUUGCCUGAAGAGGUCCUGAAGAAUUCUCAUGUUAAAGAGGCAAUGGAAAAAAAGAGGGCUUACAUCUUGGAGCACUAUCACUACCUCCUGCCAUUUCUAAACAUGAUAAAUGGAAAGGGUGUUUGCGCUUAUGCAACUCGAACAAUACUAGCAGCGGGUGACGCAUUAAAACCAAUAGCAAUAGAACUUCGCUUGCCUGACCCCAACGGCAGCAUGGUCGUUUUUCCCCAUCAUACGUUCGAAUGGGAGCUUGCAAAAUUUCACGUUGCAGCAAACGAUGCAGCUUACCACCAAUUAGUUAGCCAUUGGUUGCAUACUCAUGCUGUAAUUGAGCCAUUCAUUAUUGCCACUAGAAGACAGUUGAGCGUGAUGCAUCCAAUUCAUCGGCUAUUAGAUCCUCAUUUCAAAGACACCUUGCAUAUAAAUGCAAUUGCUCGAGGCGUUUUCCUCAAUGCAGGAGGAAUUCUGGAGAAGACCCUUUUUACAGGCGAAUUUUCCAUGCAGUUGUCUUCUCACUUGUAUAAACAAUGGAGAUUUGAAGACCAAGCCCUUCCAAAAGAUCUUGAGAAAAGAGGUAUGGCAGUACAAAGUUUCAGAGAUAAGAAUGUCUCGGGAAUAAAGGAGAAGCCAGCAGAAAAGAAACCGGAGAAAAUAGAUGACACUCAGGUAGAGAGAGACGAAAGUCUGGAAGAAAUAGACGAGAAUGUGGUAGAAUUAGACGAGAAUCCAGCAACAGAUGAGGCUGCGGAUGAAGAGGUGAAGUUUCGUACUGGGGUGACGCUCAUUUUAGAAGACUAUCCCUAUGCUAAGGAUGGAAUUGAGAUAUGGCAUGCCAUUGAGACGUGGGUGAGAGAAUAUUGCAAAAUUUUUUAUGAUGAGAACGAUGAUGCUAUCAAGGAAGAUGAGGAAAUCAAAGAAUGGUGGACCGAAAUUAGAGCCGUAGGCCAUGGUGAUCAGAAGGAAGGGUGGUAUGACCUUAAAACUAGUGAAAACCUCGUAAAGGCUCUAACAACUCUCAUAUGGAUUACUUCAGGUAUGCAUGCUGCAGUGAACUUUGGGCAAUAUGCAUAUGCCGGUUGGCCUCCGAACCGUCCCAUGCUAUUGAGGAAGUUCAUUCCAAAGGAAGGGACAAAAGAAUAUGUUGAGCUGACGCAUAAUCCUGAUAAGUUCAUUGUCGAGAUGCUGCCUGAGAAGUUUCAAAUGUCAUUUGUUAUAGCAGUGAUGGACCUUCUCUCACGCCACACGUCUGAUGAGGUAUACUUGGGUCAAAGGCCACCAAAAAAUGAGUGGGAAGAGAAAGAAGAAGUUACAAAAAAGUUUCAAGAGUUCCGAGAAAAACUUCAACAAAUCGAGAGAAAUAUAAUGGAAAGGAAUAAACGAUAUAACCUAAUGAACAGGUGGGGAUAUGCCAAGAUUCCCUACAAGCUUUUGUAUCCUGAUACAUCCAAAACAAGGGCUCCCUCCAAGGAGAAGAGCGGACCAGAGAAGAUGGAUAUUACUGGAAUGGGAAUCCCUAACAGCAUAUCCAUAUAGCAGCAUAUACAAUUCUUCAUUGCAUUGCGAACUCCUUCUCUAAGACAAACUCUAGGUUUAAUCAGUUUCA